AUGGCCGCCAACGAUUCAAUACUUCUCACAGCAAGCGAAAUCUCAGCUACAAACAUAACUGAAUCUUCAGUCGCAAGUUUAAAUUUUACAGAGAAACUCGCAACUUUCCCAGCAUUUAUAUGGGAUAAUAAGGAUUACUUUCUUCUUGAGAGCCGCAUCAUCUUCACUGCGCUAGCAUGUAUUUACAUAGGGUCUCAUGCGGCCCUUCGCCGCCCUCCAUCUGCAAAUCCCCCGAAGAAAAGCAAGAAAGGAGAAGAGCAGCGAGAUCGAGAUCAGGAACGAGAAGAUCAACCCGUCCAGGGCAUGCUACCUUCUGAUAUUAUCCUCUUUCCCAUCAUGGCAGCUGUGGUUCUUGUGGGUCUCUACUACUUGAUAAAGUGGCUUGAGGAUCCAGACCUUCUCAACAAGAUUCUUCGCGUCUAUUUUAUGACUAUGUCAUUAGCGAGUAUGGGAAAGUUGUUUGCCGACACACUACAUUUACUAACGGGAUUCAUAUUUCCCACGGUGUGGCGUGCCAAGGAUGGCAAGGUGUACCACGUCAACUAUCCGGGAGUAGGUCAAUGGACUUUGGCUGGCGACAACGAAGAAAAGCUGUGGGAUGACAAGAAGAAGACCCCCUUUCCAGGUCGAUGGUCCGAGCUGAGCCUUUCUGAGUCUAAGAAUAAUUUACUUUGGGAUGUGCGCCAUUUACUUGUGGAGGAGUGGACUGUUCGUCUCUCAGUUCAUGGCAUCGUAAACGAAAAAGUCAAAGUCAAAUUCAACGACAUUCUCGGUGCGGUCCUUGCCAUCGUAGCCAACAUUAUAUACUACAAGACAGAGUCAACCCUCUUAUCUAAUAUCAUGGGUUACGCGUUCUCAUACGCGGGAAUAAUAUUAAUGUCUCCAACUACGUUUGCUACCGGAACGGGUGUUCUUUUUGGGCUCUUCUUCUACGAUAUUUAUAUGGUUUUCUUUACUCCAUAUAUGGUAACGGUGGCAACCCAACUUGAUGUUCCUAUUAAGAUUGUUUUUGACGGCGGCCCUGGCAAGGCCAGUAUGCUUGGCUUGGGUGACAUCGUCCUUCCUGGUAUAUUCGUCGGACUCUGCCUACGCUUCGAUCAUUACAUGUACUACCACCGCCAACGAAAGCUCGUGCCCGUAGAGCUGGAGACCAAGGAUGAAUCUUCAGGCCAAUUAGUCACCAACACGCAGACUCAGCGCAUGGUGAUUAAGCCUGAUUACGUAAACCCACAAGGGCAAUGGGGCGAUCGAUUCUGGAGCACGAGACUCGGAAAUAUUUUUUCGCCAGAUUCUACGCCCGCACUUAAGGCUUCAUCGUUCCCUAAGCCUUAUUUCCAUGCCGCUAUCAUCGGAUAUCUCCUUGCUAUGAUAGUGACCCUCGCCAUGCUCAUAGUGUAUCGUCAUGCGCAACCGGCACUAUUAUAUCUUGUCCCAGGCGUCGUCUUCGCUGUUUGGCUUACGGGAGCCGUGAGGAGGGAGAUUCGCGAAAUGUGGGCCUAUACUGAAGAUGGCCAGCUUGAUACUGCGGAUACUAUAGUGGAAGUAGACGGGGACGGAAACGUCAUCGACAUAGUCCGCAAGGAUGAGAAGGGAAGCAAAGAAAACAAGGAAGAUGUUAAAGACGACGACAAUAAAAAGGAGAAGACUGCGAUAAAAGGCGAUCUUCUUGAAGAUGUUGGUUCUAAGCAGGAUAUCUCACCGGCAAGCGGAGACAUCAAGGAUGCCUCGGAGGUCAAGAGCACGCUUAAACGCGAGACGAAGAGUUAUCCCGUUUUCCUCUUCUCGAUCGAGGCCCCGGUUUCGAGGAAACUGUCCUCUGUUUCGUAA